AUGUCUCUUUAUCCCUUUUCAUCUUUUUCUAUUGUCUUUCUCCCUAGCUUCUCUCUCUUUAUCUUCUUUUCUUUGUUUUUACAAUAUGGCCGCUUACGAUCUAACGAACUAUCUAUCUAUCUAUCUAUCUAUCUAUCUAUCUAUCUAUCUGAAACUCUAGCUAUCUAUCUAUCAUCUAUCUAUCUAUCUAUCUAUCUAUCUAUAACUGUUCUUCUAAUCAUCUAUCUCAAACUGUUCUUAUCUAUCUAUCUAUCUAUCUAUCUAUCUAUCUAUCUAUCUAUCUAUCUAUCUAUCUAUCUAUCUCAAACUGUUCUUGUCUAUCUAUCUCAAACUGUUCUUAUCUAUCUAUCUAUCUAUCUAUCUAUCUAUCUCAGUCUGUUCUUAUCUAUCUAUCUAUCUAUCUAUCUAUCUCAAACUGUUCUUGUCUAUCUAUCUAUCUCAAACUGUUCUUAUCUAUCUAUCUAUCUAUCUAUCCAUCUCAAUCUGUUCUUAUCUAUCUAUCUAUCUAUCUAUCUAUCUAUCUAUCCAUCUCAAUCUGUUCUUAUCUAUCUAUCUAUCUAUCUAUCUAUCUAUCUAUCCCAUUCUGUUCAUAUCUAUCUAUCCCAUUCUGUUCAUAUCUAUCUAUCUAUCUAUCCAUCUCAAUCUGUUCUUAUCUAUCUAUCUAUCUAUCUAUCUAUCUAUCUAUCUAUCUAUCUAUCUAUCCAUCUCAAUCUGUUCUUAUCUAUCUAUCUAUCUAUCUAUCUAUCUAUCCCAUUCUGUUCAUAUCUAUCUAUCUAUCUAUCUAUCUAUCUAUCUAUAUAUCUAUCUAUCUAUCUAUCCAUCUCAAUCUGUUCUUAUCUAUCUAUCAAUCUAUGUCUAUUAUUCAAUCAGUCAGUCUAUCUAUCUAUCUAUCUAUCUAUCUAUCUAUCAGUCUAUGCUUAUUAUGUAGUGGGCAUAUUGAUUAUCGACACGCAUUUUUAUAACCUGAAAAUAAAAUAUCUAUCUAUCUAUCUAUCUAUCUAUCUAUCUAUCUAUUCUUAUCUAUCUAUCUAUGUCUAUUACCGUAUGAUUAUCGACACGCAUUUCUAUAACCUGAAAAUAAAAUCUCUAUCUAUCUAUCUAUCUAUCUAUCUAUCUAUCUAUCUAUCUAUCUAUCUAUCUAUGUCUAUUACACAUUGGAUUCCUUCAUUAUGUCGUAAUCGGUUUGAUGUAAUACUGCUGGUUGCAGUUUCCCGACAAUAUCUGGAGGUAGAGAAGCCAAUAUGUGGUAAAAUGUUUGCUUUGUCUCCGCUAUGCCUGUGA